AAAUGAGGGCUUUUUUGUUCAAUUUCCAUUUUCUACUGUGUUUAUUUUUCUCUUAAAAAUAUUUCAACGCCAUUUCUUUUUUUAAAUUUUUGAUAUAUCUACAUAUAAAAACUUAUUUAUUAUUAUUACUUUAACAUUGGAAUCUAACUAAUUAAUGUUUUAUCUGUACCUUAUAAAAUAAUUUUAUAUUAUUAAUCAUAGUAAAGUUGAUAAUCAGAAGGUGCUAAAGUAGUAAGUUCUUGUAUUUUUUAUUUCAGUUAACCAAUAGAGUCUUAAAGUUUAAUGGAUACUCUAUUAUAACCUUUUGAGGAACGAAUUCUUAAA